UCUCACAUUAAUCUCAACAGAAGAAAAGAAACGGCUAACAUCAGUAUGAUGUCGUGAUCAACAGUAGGAGGUUACAGCCGAAUCCAGGUUUCCCCCACCGUUAUGGCGUAAUUGACGGCAUUGUCCUUGACUGGCGCCACACGGCCUUGAGCUAUGUGCAAGACCAUAUGACCUUGAACAUGGAGUUUGACCUGAGAUUCGAGCCUGUUUCUGGUACAUGACCUUGAAUUUUGAUCUUGAAUAACGUCAUUGAGUCGCACUUUCAGCAAUACUUAGCCUGAGACACAGCCUCGAACUUAGCUUACUGCGAUCCUGCGAAAACGGUAAUUUAUUGAUAUUUUGCUUCGCGUUGGGGAUACCGAUAUAAAUUAUUUCAAAAGUUGCGUAGAAAUCGAUUUUCAUAUUCAAGUCCGAUUUUCUAUUAAUAGUUCCGGAUGAUGAAAUAGUCAAAAUCAAUGAAAAAAAAAAUCCAUGAUGAAUAUUAUGUUUUUCAUUCUCAUCCCUACAUUAUAAGGAAUUUAUUAUUUUCGUGGCUAUUUACUUGUAAACCAUUAAUUGAAGGUCGGGGUUGAAUAUGAAUUUAGAAUUUUGCGUUGAAAUUCGGUAUGUCGGGUCAAAAUCGAUAUGUAAGCAACUUUUUCAAAUAACUCAUUUCGGUAUCAACGCGAGAAUUUGUCCUUUUCGCAGGAAUGCGGUAGGCUGGGCUUGAGGCUAUCUCUCGAGCUGAUUAUUGCGAAAAUUGCGGCUCAUGAAGGUCUUUGCCUAUAUCAAAAAAGCAAGUAUCUUCUUUCAGAAAUGACUGAAAUAGAGGGGCGUCUUCAUCUUAAGUGUGUCAGCCUGUGUGGAGUUUGACCUUGUAUAUAAGGUUGGGGGGUAGAUGACAUACACGGAAAAAUGGCACCAUUUGACAUUGUCUUUAAUGGGUACUCUGUACAAGUACAAGUUUGUAGUGGAAGGAGUUCGCAGUGGCAGCAAAUGAAUACAUCAGCCUCAGCGUAUGAAGAGAGGCAUGUGCACCCCACAAAAACUAAAUCUUUGAAUCUAUCAGAGGAAGCAUGAUUGACGACAACCCUAUGACAUUCCUUCAUCUAUUACAUGAUACAUUUUUCCCAAAUGCACACCAAUGUGUGUUGGUCUAUGGCAGACAGGGGACGGUUUACUUCUAUGGUUGUUUUUUUCAGAAAAUUUUGGGUUUUCAAUUAUCAAUGGGAGAAAGUUGAUGAAAUACUCGAGCUUGAAAUUGACGACCUUGGAUGUGGUACUAUGAGAGAGAAACUAUUUGUUAAUGUGAAGAUUCUUGGAAUCGCCCUAAGAUUCUAAAGUAAUUUCCGUCAUUCCUUGAGAAAAAAACUAUUUUCAUGGUAUUUGUUACAGUGGAAUAAACAGUUCCGCGUACAUCUCACUUCACCACUGAUGACAUCACAUAUUGUGAUAUUUGAGUAUGAUUAUGUUACAUUAACUUUCGAACGAUUGGGACAUCAAGAUGAAUGGUUUGUGAUUGUUGAUGUGUAUGAUGUGCUGUGUGUCUGAUAGCGUUUAAGGGUCGGUUUAUCAAUCACCAGCUAACCUCAUUUGACAACAGUUUUGUCUUAGUUCCUAGUCAAACUGUUUUUCGUUAUCAUGUUACCAUCAACUGGUAGCUGAAGUCUCAGUGACCGUAACAGUCGCUAGAAAGUGAUAGUUUUUUAUUCAAGCUGACAGUUAUGUCACAGAAUAUCAGUUCCGAUAUUCUAUGGUUAUGAGGUUGCGCAUGCGAAAUUAGGUUAUUUAUGUUUUUUGUGAUACAAAUGUUAUUUGAAAAAUACUUUUUGCAAGUAAAGAGUUAAUUACUAUAAUUGUUUAAUUAUGGAAGUUUUCCAUUUGUUAAAUGACGAAGGUGAGGAUAUAGUGGAGUUCAUUGAAGCACAAAGAAGACCUCACAUUGUUAAUGAACGUAAUGAUGCUUUCAAUGAAUUAGAUGAUGUGGAGUUUGUGAGAAGAUUCAGAUUGGAGAAAAAUACAGUAUUAUUCAUAUUAGAACAAAUAGAGCAAGCACUUGAAACACCAACAGAUAGGUAAGAGUGAUUGGAUCUUUGUCAUGGCAGAUUCAAAUUUUAUGUUUAUUUCAGUCUAAUUAACCAAUUGUUACUGACAUUGAGGUUCUAUGCAACAGGAAGUUUUUUCAAUAACUAUUGGUGAUUACAUGCAUGUUAGUAAAAGUUCAGCUAGUAACAUAAUAAAAAAGGUUUCCUCAGCCCUGGCAUUGCUUGCCCUAAGUUACAUAAUGAUGCCAAGAAAUGAAAAUGAAGUGUCAUUCAAGCGUAUACAGUUUUAUAAUAAAGCAAGCCUUCCUAGAGUUAUUGGCUCACUAGAUUGCACACAUAUAAAAAUUCAGUCUCCUGGUAAGGAUAAUGCUGAACUCUUCAGAAACCAAAAAGGAUAUUUUUCAAUAAAUGUUCAAACUGUUAGUUCAACAGAUUUGAAGAUCAUGGAUCUAGUUGCCCGUUGGCCAGGUUCUACACAUGACCAAACCAUCUUUGAUCAUUCCAAUUUGAAACGUAGACUGGAAAAUGGAGAAUUUGGUAAUAGCUUAUUGGUGGCAGAUAGUGGCUAUGUCAAUACUCAACACAUUAUCACACCAUUGCUAACACCGGGUAAUGAAGUAGAGCAGUUGUAUAAUGAAUCAGUAACACGAACUAAGAAUCCAGUAGAACGUCAAUAUGGCGUGUCGAAAAGGAGGUUUACUGUUUUAGCAUUAGGGCUUCGACUUAAAUUAGAAACUGCACAAACAGUCAUUGUUGCUGUAGGAGUGUUGCAUAAUAUUGCCAUAGAUAAAAGAGAACAAGAACCACCCCUGGAUCAAGAAGUCAAUUUAGCUAAUAUAAACCCUAAAAUGAUAUCUGAAUUAAAUCUACAAUGUUUCAGUAAGACAUGCCCCUCUAUGUUUUUCAGGUACUUGAAACAUUUUGGUAUGCACUUCAAAAAUAUUAAAUACAACAAGAAUAUAAUCAGCUCAAAAAACAUGACUUGA